GCGCAAGCUGGUCUCGUGAAAGCGGAAGUGCAGUGCGCUUGUGUUACAGGCAGCACGCGCAACUUCCGUCUGGUUCAAAAUAUUUUUGCACUCUUUUUUUUAUUUGGUAAAGUAGGGCUGAUCUUCUCUCCGUGGCUGCCGCGAUAGUGACCCAGUAUGGACAUCCAGAGUAUUGAACCAAUGACACUCGGAUCUCCAACCUCUCCCAAGCCUGGGGCUCAGUUUUUACCUGGGUUUCUGAUGGGAGACCUGCCUGCUCCUGUCACACCUCAGCCCAGGUCUUUUGGGUUGACAGGAGGUGGGUCAGAAACAAGGUCUCCUCUUGUGGCUGGUGGGUCUCCUCCACAGCCGGUGGUCCCAACGCAGAGGAAAACAACACUUUCCCCAGCUCAAGUAGAUCCAUUCUUCACACAAGGAGAUGCUCUGUCCUCAGAAGACCAGCUAGAUGACACCUGGGUCACAGUUUUUGGAUUCCCUCCAGCAUCUGCGUCGUACAUCCUUUUACAGUUUGCACAGUAUGGAAAUAUAUUAAAACAUGUGAUGUCUAAUUCAGGCAACUGGAUGCACAUUCAGUAUCAGUCUAAACUGCAGGCACGAAAAGCUCUCAGUAAAGAUGGAAAGAUAUUUGGAGAAGCCAUAAUGAUUGGCGUCAAACCUUGUAUCGAUAAGAGUGUAAUGGAGAGUUCAGACAAGAGCAGUACUUCCAGUUCUGUGUUCACACCCUCGGUGAAGGCUCCCAGUACCCCCAGUCACCCUCUAUCAACUCCCCGAUCUGUCAUGAGACCCCUCAGUGCUGCUUACAAAGCAUCCAGCUGUGACUACCAGGUAUAGUUGACCAGUAACCUUCCACACACCCACUGCUCUUAAAACCCACACAAAUAGUACUGAACAA